CGUCGCAGGGAAGGGGCGAGAGACUCCCGGGCCAGGAUGGACGCGGGCUUUGCACAGGAAAUCUUCCGGAGGGUGUGCGCCGCGGGCGGCUCUCUGAAAGUCAGUGAGAUCAAGGGGCGCCUGGAUUCGGGGCGCCUGGACUCGAUCCUGCAGGACAAGACGAAAUUCACCCUGGUGACCCGGGAGGACCCCCCCUCGGCGGCCGGCAGCGAAGAGCACCGUGUUGUCGUGGCCACCACCGCGGCGCGGCUCUGCCGGGAUCACGGCAAAGGGAAGUGCGCCGGGGACUGCCGGCAGCUCCACCUCUGCCGGUACUUCGUCUACGGGAGUUGCCGCCAACAGGCCGCGAGGAAACCAUGCAAGUUUAUCCAUGACAUUAAAACAGGCCACAACUUCUCUGUCCUAAAAGAACAUGGUCUAGAUGUCUUAAACUCUGAUGAAUUAUGUCAACUGCUGCUUCAGAACGAUGCUUCACUCUUGCCUGAGAUCUGUCCCUAUUACAACAAAGGGGAUGGGCCUUAUGGAUCGUGCACCUUUAAGAAGAUCUGUGUUAAACUUCAUAUAUGCCAGUACUACCUCCAAGGAGAAUGUAGAUUUGGGAGUAACUGCAGACACUCUCAUGAUAUCUUUAAUCCUGAUUGUUAUGAGAAACUGGAGAAGUGGGGGAUGAGCCAAGCUUUGAUUAGUAAAAUUCCAUUGUUCUACAGGAAUGUGUGGGACAUUAAAAACAACAUAUCUUCAAAAUACAGAGGGCGAUUGGGAGAAUUGGAGGACGUAAGAGAAAAUAAAGUAGUGUCCACCACAGACAUUGAUGGAUUAGAUACGAUUUGCUUAUACCACAUUAGGAAAAGUUGUAGCUUUCAAGAUAAAUGUACCCGAGUUCACUACGAUUUGCCAUAUAGAUGGCAAGUUUUAAAUGGUACUUUGUGGAAAGACAUGGACAAUAUGAAGAAAAUUGAACAAGCCUUCUGCGACCCAGGCAAUGAAAGUAUAUUGCAAUUGGGAGGACCGGAACAGACAUCAUUCAUCCAAUAUAUCAAUUUCUCCAGUAUGACAUGGGGCUCUGCUAAAAUUAGACGGCUUUCCACACCAUCUUCUGUGACCAAGCCUCCGCACUAUAUUCUUACAACAGAUUGGAUCUGGUACUGGAAGGAUGAACACAAUCUAUGGAAAGAGUAUGGGAAGCAACCAUGAAACAGAAAAACCUGAAAUAUCACACGGAAAGAAGUGUUUGUAGACGGCCUAGGUUUGUAUCUAAGGAAGACGUGGAGAAAAGGAAAAGCAGCUGAUCAGCCUCCUUCCAUCCUCCAGCGAGUACGUAAAAGUCCAGACUAACUUUCAGCGUACACUGCCCAGGGUCACAAUAUCGGCCAUCAAAAGAAUCCAGAAUACGUCUCUCUGGGAAGUUUAUCAGUGGCAGAAGGAACAAAUGAAGAAAGCAAAUGGAGGAAAGGAUGUAGAUGAAAGGCACCUGUUUCAUGGAACAAGUAAAAAACAUGUAGAUGCCAUCUGCCAGCAGAAUUUUGAUUGGAGGAUCUGUGGUGUUCAUGGUACAGCUUAUGGCAAAGGAAGUUACUUUGCAAGGGAUGCUGCAUAUUCUGAUAACUACUGUGGAGUCAAUUCUUCUAGCAAGACCAUGUUUCUCGCCAAAGUAUUGGUGGGAGAUUUUACAAUGGGCAAUUCUUCCUAUCUCCGCCCCCCUGCCAAAAAUAACGACAGCAGUCUUUUCUAUAACAGCUGUGUGAACACUCUCCUGAAUCCAUCCAUUUUUGUCAUUUUUGAGAAGCACCAGAUUUAUCCAGAAUACUUGAUUGAGUACAAAGAUUAAAUUUGUGAGUAGAUCGUGUAUUCCUGUUUAACACGCUGCUAAAUGAGCUACUUUCUGGAUGACCAUUGAAGACCUUAGCCUGUCAUGUUAGCAAUAUCAGCAUUUCGUUGAGUGAUUUUAAAACAAGUUUUUAAUAGAUUAAAAAGAUAUCCUUUCUCUUCCGUUCUCUCUCAAAUUGGGCAUCAUAAGUGAAAAAAGCAGACUUAAUUUUUACUGUCAAAACUCAAUAAAUGUAUGAAUGUUAAGUGCUUUUUUAGAAGAGA